UCACCUGCAACAGAAUUCCCCAACCCACCAAGAAUUUGAGACCCAUCAGCUAUCCUCACCUGGUUUUGCCAGCCGGUUGAAGCCAUUCCUGGGAUUGUGGCCCCUGUUGCAUGCUGACAGCUUCUGGAAGCCACAGUUCUCUUCCUUGAAACCAAAACAGGAUUCCCUUUCCUCCCACUCUGAAGAAGGAGAUGGAGAAGGCAGUCAGAACUCCAGGGGAUGGGUCACCUCCCCCCCCCAUUAGGAAUAGAAAUUAAAAUGUGUGAAAUGCGGACUAUGUUCAUUGAAUGAGCACACAUAGUUCACAUCAAUGACCUCCAACAGGGGAGAAACCAUUUAAAGGUAUGGAGUGUGGCAAACAUUUCACUGAUAGUGGAAACCUUAGAACACAUCAACGGACUCACACAGGGGAGAAACCAUAUAAAUGCCUGGAGUGCGGAAUGUGCUUCAGUGAGAAUGGAGACCUUAAAUUACACCAGCGGAUUCACACAGGGGAGAAACGAUAUAAAUGUAUAGAGUGCGGAAUGAGCUUCAGUCAGAAUGGAAACCUUAGAAGACAUCAACGGACUCACACAGGGGAGAAACCAUAUAAAUGUAUAGAGUGCGGAAUGAGCUUCGGUGAUAAUGGAAGCCUUAGAACACAUCAACGGACUCACACAGGGGAGAAACCAUAUAAAUGUAUAGAGUGCGGAAUGAGCUUUAGUGUUAAUGGAAACCUUAGAACACAUCAACGGACUCACACAGGGGAGAAACCAUUUAAAUGCCUGGAGUGCGGAAAGAGCUUUAGUGUUAAUGGAAGCCUUAGAACACAUCAACGGACUCACACAGGGGAGAAACCAUAUAAAUGUAUAGAGUGCGGAAUGAGCUUUAGUGAUAAUGGAAACCUUAGAACACAUCAACGGACUCACACAGGGGAGAAACCAUAUAAAUGUAUAGAGUGCGGAAUGAGCUUUAGUGAUAAUGGAAGCCUUAGAAGACAUCAAUGGACUCACACAGGGGAGAAACCAUAUAAAUGUAUAGAGUGUGAAAAGAGCUUUAGUGAUAAUGGAAGCCUUAGAAGACAUCAACGGACUCACACAGGGGAGAAACCAUAUAAAUGUAUAGAGUGUGGAAAGAGCUUUAGUGAUAAUGGAAACCUUAGAGGACAUCAACGGACUCACACAGGGGAGAAACCAUUUAAAUGCCUGGAGUGUGGAAAGUGCUUCAGUAGUAAUGGAUACUUUAAAUUACACCAGCGGACUCACACAGGGGAGAAACCAUAUAAAUGUAUAGAGUGCGGAAUGAGCUUUAGUGAUAAUGGAAGCCUUAGAACACAUCAAUGGACUCACACAGGGGAGAAACCAUAUAAAUGUAUAGAGUGCGGAAUGAGCUUUAGUGAUAAUGGAAGCCUUAGAAGACAUCAACGGACUCACACAGGGGAGAAACCAUAUAAAUGUAUAGAGUGCGGAAUGAGCUUUAGUGAUAAUGGAAGCCUUAGAACACAUCAACGGACUCACACAGGGGAGAAACCAUAUAAAUGUAUAGAGUGCGGAAUGAGCUUUAGUGAUAAUGGAAGCCUUAGAAGACAUCAACGGACUCACACAGGGGAGAAACCAUAUAAAUGCCUGGAGUGCGGAAAGAGCUUUAGUGUUAAUGGAAGCCUUAGAAGACAUCAACGGACUCACACAGGGGAGAAACCAUAUAAAUGUAUAGAGUGCGGAAUGAGCUUUAGUGAUAAUGGAAACCUUAGAACACAUCAACGGACUCACACAGGGGAGAAACCAUUUAAAUGCAUGGAGUGUGAAAAGAGCUUCAGUCACAGUGGAACCCUUAGAAGACAUCAGCAGACACACAGCGGAGAAACCAUUUAAAUGUAUGCACUGUGGAAGGAGCUUCCGUCAGAGUGGAACCCUUGAUUUAUGUCAACAAACUCACACAAAACACAAACCUUAUAAAUAUCAGGAAAGUAGAUAGAGGUUGAGUCCUAGUGGAAAUUCUAAAUCAACAGACUCACGGACAGGAAGAACAUUAGGAAUUGAAACCCUUCAAACCAUCCACAAACUCAGAGAGGAGAAGCAGUUUAAAUGAAAAGAUUGCAAAAGUGCUUUAUUUACAAUGGAGUGUUUAAGGAACAUCCAGGGACUCUCACAUGGAAGAUCCCAUUUUGGUGUCUGGAGUGUGGGACAUCUUCCUCUCAGAGUCCACUCUUUUCUUCACAGAAAUGAACUCGGCAGGAAAUCAGUCUUGAACACAUUUUGUGUAUGUGAAGUUCUGGUAUUUAUGUGUAAAACUGUAUAGUAAUGAAAUAUUGAAGGCAAUGUCAAACAAUGUGAUUAUAAUCUAAGAUGUAAAGUACCUUUCAAUAGAGAAGGGGUGAGGGUUUAUCUGGAUUGCUGGUGGUCAGUGAGGAUUAAAG